AUGGACACAACAACAAUAAUAAGUGACUUUAUACAAGUUGCAGCAAAUGCAACAUCACAAGUGGUUUGCAAAGUAUCCAAUGACGAAAAAAUGGUAGCUUAUAUUGCCAAUUUGUUGGCGAGUUGUUUGUCAAUCAUCGGUUCAUCGGCAAUUAUCAUCAACUAUAUCUUCUUUCUUCCCGAUACCAAAAGACAACAACCACUUUACAAGUUGAUCUUAUUUUUAUCGAUAGCCGAUUUCUUUGGCUCACUUUCAAUCUGUAUCUCUCAAUCUGUAUUAUUAUCAAGAGCAUCGAUCAACUUUUUCUUUGUUGCUUCAUUUAUGUGGAUGUCUUCGUUGGCAUUCCAUACGUAUUGGUCGUCGAGGCAACGAUCACAGGUACCUCUAUGGGUAUUCCAGGUGGUUUCAUGGGGUGUGCCAACCGUGAUGACAGCAGUGAUGGUUGGACGAGACAUGAUAACAGAGGAUGCAGAGAGUGGAUGGUGUCAACCAAACAAGGUGGCACGUUGGGCAUUUUGGUUUGGUCCAUUACUCUUUUCAUUGGCUUGGAAUAUUAUACUGUACGCUAUGAUAUUAUGGCAAUACCGUUCAUCUAUGAGCGGUUCAAUCACAACACAAUUUAGAAAGAAAAACAAUAAUGGAUAUGAUGAUGACCCAUAUUCGAUCAAUCAACCAACAUCACCAUCGAACCGAUUCAUCACAGAGAAAAAGAGAAAGUUACAUCUAAAAGUUGCCAAACGUCUUGGAGUCUAUCUAUUAGCCUUUUUAAUUUGCUGGGUACCAGAUGUAUUUGACAAUCUACUAGUUCAACCAAAUCAGUAUUGUCAAUUCUAUUGGUUGUGGUUACUUCAAAAUAUCACAUCGCCGCUCCAAGGUUUCCUCAAUUUUAUUGUGUAUGGAGUACACAGUGAAUUCUUUUUCGCCUGCGUCAAGAGUACUGAGCCACAAGACAUCCGUUCAGUCUAUGAAAACAAAAGACAAGAAUCAAAAUAUUUACUUGGGAAAUAA